AUUCCUCUGUGUGGGUGGUGCGGCUGCAGGUAUCGGUGCGGGUCCCGCAUUCCUCUGUGUGGGUGGUGCGGCUGCAGGUAUCGGUGCGGGUCUUGCAUUCCUCUGUGUGGGUGGUGCGGCUGCAGGUAUCUGUGCGGGUCCCGCAUUCCUCUGUGUGGGUGGUGCGGCUGCAGGUAUUGGUGCGGGUCCCGCAUUCCUCUGUGUGGGUGGUGCGGCUGCAGGUAUCGGUGCGGGUCCCGCAUUCCUCUGUGUGGGUGGUGCGGCUGCAGGUAUCGGUGCGGGUCCCGCAUUCCUCUGUGUAGGUGGUGCGGCUGCAGGUAUUGGUGCGGAUCCCGCAUUCCUCUGUGUGGGUGGUGCAGCUGCAGGUAUUGGUGCGGAUCCCGCAUUCCUCUGUGUGGGUGGUGCAGCUGCAGGUAUUGGUGCGGGUCCCGCAUUCCUCUGUGUAGGUGGUGUGGCUGCAGGUAUUGGUGCGGAUCCCGC